AGUCCCGAUUGAGAGGCUGCCCGCCGUCGCGCCUGACGUUGUGUUCUGUUGCACUGGGAAGUUGGGGACGCCAGGAUGGAACAUGCCCUCGUAUGCGCUCGACGCCUUUUGUUCAAACGCAUCCCGAGAGUACGGCGCCGUCAACCCGACGCCCUCGAUCAGCAUCCUCCGCGCCCUCUACGAGCGCGUCGCCGGCGGGCCUCGUCGCGAAGGACUUGGUCCAGGCCAUGGUCUCAGGACCCUUCCUCUCAAGUCUCGUCCAACGUCCCCCACGAAGGCAGCCAGCGGAACUUCAUCGCCUACCAAGAGAGCCCGCGGACGAGGCGCUGGACUCCCCGCCGCCGCCGGACGCGGUCGCGGGACCUCACCGAAAAAGGGCGCUUCGAACCUUCGAGCGCGCGCGCAGACGCAGAGCCAGGCAGAGUCGCCGCGGGCGAUGGCGAUACGCGAGGCGGAGUCGCCGCUGCGCCCGCGGUCGCAGACAGUGACGAACGAGGGCCGGCUGCAAGUCGGCGGCUCGGCGCUGCAGGACACGUCGAUGCAUGAUCCGAUGGUUGUGACGAAGCAGCCGCGGCCCACUGCUGCGCCGAUGAGACUUGAUAGCUCGGACACGACGGCGCAGUUCCGCGCAGAAGAGACCGUGCAGUUCAUGCAUGCCAUGCAUUUGCCUCUGGCGUGGGUCGAUAGUCUGCCCCUUGGUAUCGCGGCGCCGAUUCGCGAGGCAUUGCGUACUGUGCAGUUGGCUCCUCCCGCGACGUGGUCGCUUGACCUGUGGAACUACGUUGGGCGGAACGAUCUUGCCGCCACUGCUGGCGACAACAUCAAGCUCCUGCGCUCGGACGGAUAUCUGACCAGGAAGCAGUUGCUCGACGAUCGUUAUAACCGUCCCUCCAUCGGUGACAUUGCGCAGGAGGCACGCUCCGCGGGCGCUGGGGAUCUACACGACAACAAGACAGAGAACAAGGGCCCUCAAAUCACCGGAGUCGAGAUCACCAAUCGUGAAUUCACCGAUGUGCGCUUUGGCAGUGAUCGUCGCCUCGAGGAUGUUGGGCGUAUGCUGGCGUCUUCUCUGAUACCUACCAUCCGGGCGGUCGAGCGACCUGAUCUGAGUGAGACAGACCAAGUGAAGGAGCAACAGAACCUAGCCAUCCGCGUCGCCGAGCGGACGCUCGCUCUUCCCUAUGGCCGCGCCCUGUUCACCUUCGCCACACUCGACUCCGUAAAUCGCGAGUCGUACCAGAUACCCAAGAUGGAGUAUCUCGUCCGGUUGCAUCCGCACAACCUCACCGUCUCACCGGAGCCCGGCAUCGUCCUCGACUCCAUCGCGUGGGGCGACUUCCACAACGGCGUCGCGGCAGGCUUGCGGAUUUCGCCAAAGGCUCGAGGCAUCGACUCGUCCUGGAUCGCGUUCAACCGGCCGGAUGAGCUGACGGCGGAACACGCGGGGUUCCUCUUCGCCCUCGGCUUGACGGGUCAUCUGCGCGAGCUACUCACCUGGCAUACCUUCGGCUACCUCACGCCGAAGCACGACCUAACGUCCAUCGGUGUUCUACUAGGUCUCGCGGCCGCGAAUGUUGGGACGAGCGACAGCGCGGUGACAAAGCUCUUGACCGUGCAUACCCCUGCACUCUUGCCGACGCCAGGCGUCGACCUGAACGUCUCGCUCAUGACGCAGGCUGCCGGCCUCGCUGGAAUCGGUGUGUUGUACAUGGCCACUCGCAACCGACGCAUGGCGGAGGUCUGCUUGAGCCAGAUCUCGCGGCACGACCUUGUCCCGCCCGACAUCCACAACGAACAUCGCGAGGCAUACACGUACUCCGCAGCGCUCGCUUUCGGCAUGAUCAUGCUCGGGAAGGGGUCAAACGUCCCUGCUGAUAUGGCCCUCGUCCAGCGUCUCAAUGCACUCAUCCACGGUCCGGAUCCAGGCAUCACGGUAGAAGGCCUGCCGCCGCCUGCUGGAUACGACCUCACACUCACGUCGCCGGCUGCAACCAUGGCCCUCGGUCUGAUGUACCUUCGUACAGGCCGGCGCGAUAUCGCAGCUAUCCUCGCCGUCCCGGAGACAGUGCGGGAGCUUGAACAUCUGCAGCCCAGCUUCCUCAUACUCCGCACAAUUGCCAAGGGCCUCAUCCUGUUCGACGACAUCCAGCCUUCGGCUGAAUGGUUCAAUUCGCAUCUUCCCCAGCCCGUCAGAGAGGGCAUCGAGGCACGCGCGAAGCGCCAUGAACCAAUUGACGAUGCGAUUGAGUUGGCGUACUAUAACAUUAUCUCGGGCUGUUGCUUCGCGCUUGCGCUAAAGUACGCGGGCACUGCUCGCGAACCUGCAUACAAGAUUGUCGUGAAGUAUUUCGACGCCUUCACGCGCCUCGUAUACUCGCAAGGAGGGGGCGCCUUUGAACACCGAAUUAAGCGGUCUGCUGUUCGUGAUGGACUGAAUCUCAUCUCCCUUGCACUAGCCAUGAUCAUGGCGGGUACCGGCGAGAUCACGACAUUGCGACGCCUACGCCUCGCGUAUGGGAUGCUUCAGCAGUCGAUCUAUCACCAGGGCUUCAAGUAUGGCACACAUAUGUUCAACCACAUGUCCCUCGGCAUGCUCUUCCUCGGUCAGGGCAGAUUUACGCUGGGCACAUCCGACGCCGCCGUCGCUUCCAUGGUCGUUGCAUUCUUCCCUCGGUUCAACAGCAUGUCUUCCGACAACCGAAGCUAUCUUCAGGCGCUGCGACAUCUCUGGGUGUUGGCUAUCGAGCCGCGCUGUCUCGUCGCACGAGAUGUGGACACAACCGAGAUAGCUUACCUGCCCAUCCGGGUGCAGGCCCUGGACAGCAACCGCAGCGUCAGCAACACGACCCUCAUUUCACCCACACUGUUCCCCGACGUUGAGAAAAUGGUUUCCUUCAGGGUGGACACGCCGCGCUACUGGCCCGUCAUGAUGGACAUCAGACGCGAUCGCCGACAUCGCGAGAACCUGCUCAAGUCGCAGACGAUCUUCGUCAAACGACGGUCAGCCUUCCUCGGCUACCUCGAGGAUCCCAAGGAUCUAUCCGAGUUUAUUACCUCCUUCUCAAACGACGUCCUGUACAUUGCGUUUGCCGACCGCUUCUGCGGUGCCGAGAGCGCGGACGACGCCGAGAAGAUGUUCCGCACCUAUUGCCACGCCGCACUCCUGGACACCCUUCUCCACGAGAAACCGCAGAUGCUGCAAGCGCAUCUGACCCUCUACCGCUAUCGACAGAUGGGUUGCGAGAGCUCCUACUUCAUUCUUCGCCAGCAGGACCUUCGCGUAACGGCCGACUUCUAUGGACGGCUAUACGAACGGUGCAUGAGCGGCCGCUUCGAGAACAAUUAUCGCCACCCCCUCCUGCGCGAAGCAGAGGCUACCAGCGCUCUGCUCGCCAUCGACCAGCGCCUCGACGUCGUCCGCCGAAAGCCAGCAUUCCUUGAUGCGCUGCGACACUACGUUCUGGGUCAGCGGGUUCCGCGAGGGCCUGAUGUGGCAGCAUCCACGAAAGAGCUCGCGUGGUAUCUUACCCGCAACCAGGUUCCGGGAACAUUGCUCAGUGCACUGUUGAAGAAUCUGAUGGACGACGCCCUCAGGGACUUUGUUCAUCAGGUCCCGACCCAGGACGAGCUACAUGCUAUGGGUAAGGGAGUGGUGCAUAUAGCGCAAUUAACGGGCAUGAGGAUGGCGGGAAUGGUUGGGACUUCUUGGCCCAUGCGAAGCGUGCAGGAUGUGAUUAAUUUGUGGGCUGGCGGCCACGCAUAGCAUGUUAUCGACCGAUAGACCGUAGUUUCAAACUGUAUAAUAGUAGCACUGUACUGAAUCUUGAGCACGACUUACGCAUUCUGAGAGUGUUUGCGGCCAUUGAGACUGUCCUUUGACAAAAAUCAACAGAUGCGAUGCGCGAGCGGUGACCGGUGACCACAAAUACAAUGC